UAGCAAAAUAAUGGUCGACGUGAUUGAUAUAAAUGAUAACGCUCCCGUCAUCACAGUUAUGUCCAAAUCUAAUGCAAUACCUGAAGACUCUCCACAGAGUACUGUGACUGCAAUUGUCAAUGUUAACGAUCCGGAUUCUGACAGUAAUGGACAAGUUCAUUGCAGUGUAAAUGAAAACAUUCCUUUUACAAUCAAAUCAACUACUAAUGGAUUUUACAGUAUUGUGACAGACAGUGAUUUAGACCGAGAGCGCGAGUCUGAGUAUAACAUCAGUGUGACGUGCGCUGAUGAAGGCGUGCCCUCUCUCUCCAGCAGCGUCACUCUCUCCUUACAGAUAUCAGAUGUGAAUGAUAACGCGCCUGUCUUUGACAAGAGCUCAUAUGAGGCCUCUGUUCAAGAAAACAACGCACCGGGUCUUUCCAUAUUCACAGUCAGAGCCAGAGAUGCAGAUUUUAACCAGAAUGCCCGUGUGUCUUACAUACUGGAGGACUCUUCGGUUAACGGAGUGCCUGUCUCCUCGUUAGUGUCCGUUAGUGCUGAUAGUGGAGUCAUACACGCAGUGCGAUCUUUCGAUUACGAGCAGAUCAAAGAUUUCCAGUUCCGCGUAAAAGCGCAGGACGGAGGCUCUCCUCCUCUCAGCAGCAACGUGAGCGUGAAAAUAACGAUUCAGGACCAGAAUGACAACGCGCCUCAGGUUCUGUAUCCGGUCCAGUCAGGCGCUUCUGUGGUGGCUGAAAUAGUGCCUCGUUCUGCAGAUGUGGGUUAUCUGGUGACUAAAGUGGUGGCUGUUGAUGUGGACUCUGGACAGAAUGCCUGGCUCUCAUAUAAACUGCAGAAAGCCACAGACAGGGCGCUGUUUGAAGUGGGCUUACAGAAUGGAGAAAUAAGAACUGUGCGCCAAGUGACAGAUAAAGAUGCUGUGAAACAGAGACUCACUGUUGUAGUGGAGGACAACGGGCAGCCCUCUCGAUCAGCUACAGUCAAUGUUAACGUGGCGGUGGCGGACAGCUUCCCUGAAGUGAUCUCGGAGUUCACUGACUUUACGCACGACAAGGACUACAACGACAACCUGACUUUCUAUCUGGUCUUGGCCUUGGCUGUAGUUUCGUUUCUCUUUAUCGUGUCUAUCAUCGCCAUACUGUCAGUCAAAUGCUACAGAUGGAGACGCGAGCGGAUGUUUUACAAAUCAGGAGCGAAUCUUCCAGUUAUUCCUUAUUAUCCACCUCUUUACGCAGACGUAGGGGACAGGAACUUUACAGCACGUGUACAAUUAUGAGGUUUGCAGAACCACUGACUCCAGAAAGAGUGAUCUGAAAUACGGCAGACCUUGCAGUGAAAGCAUCAUUAGUCUGGACAGCAGCGGAACACAGACACUCACGCAUGCGCAGAGAGAGAGACUGAACUUCGAUGAUUGUG